CCAAUCGUCAGUAGAGGGAUGUGUCUGCUUCCAAGUCGCAUCAACCUAACAGGCUAAUAACCGCCCUUACAAAAUGGCAUCCUGGCAGAGAAUCGUCAUAGCUCUUGUCCUUUUGUUUGUCUUAGCUCGUUGCGCAAGUGCAGAGAAAGCUAGGGUAAAGAAGAGAAGGGAUCGAGGAAAGGGAAAAAAUCCACUUAGAGACCGAGAAACACUGGAAACACUCCAACAACUAUGCCAAAGGAAUGGGUCAGGAAGCUCGAGAAAGAACAUUUUGGAGCUGCAAGCGUUUUUCGAUCUCACCAAGGUACGAGCUAUAAAAACUGUCAGUUUAUUUUCUGCAAAAUCAGACUUGACAAUUGGUGUCUUUUGCCUUAGCAUCAUCAAGCUUAGAUGCGUUCAAUUCUUAUUUUUUUAAACGUUUUUAGUCGUUUGCCUGCUUGAAGGUGGAAACGUGUUCAAGGGUUCCCGUUUGCUUUGUGGAAGAUACCCCAGAUCUGGAGCACUCAAGUCUCAACAACUGCGCUCUGUGGAAUCUGCUCUUCAAUGGACUACAGGUAAGCAAAACAAGCGUGCUUUAGUGUGUGUCCUAUGGGUAGAACUUUUUGUCGUGUAUAGAUAGCUUUACCACGAAUUGCACAAGGGUAACUUUUGGUGCGUAUUCAGCCCCCGAUUCUCGUUCUUGAUUUUGCUUACGCAGCAUUUCCCCCUUCUCUUGCGUUUCCUUUCACGUGAGGUGUUUUCAACGAAGAUGAGCUUGUUUUACCAAACUUUCAUGAGUGCAUCACUGAACUGUUACGUAGAAGGUUCGCUUUACUUUAAAGAGAAGAUGUCGCGAACGGCCAUUUGAAUUGGGCUGGCGACAAAGUUACUCUUCCAUUAGAGAUGUUUUCUAUCCCUGAGAGUAGAAGUAUAAUUUCCUGUCAAACAUUGUCAAGCAAAGCAGGAUUUAAUCAAGGCGGGAUUUCUUGUUGACCCUUUCAUGAAACCACUCGGCAAAUCGACACAGGACCUUGCCCGUUACUAUUUUACAUCGGUAUCAUAGCAUCUAAACCACAAGUUCUAAUUAUAUACAUGGAUUACAAUGACUUAAACCGAUUUAUUAGAUUACAGUCAACUAUGUUGGUCUUCGAAAGAAAGGUUCCUUUAAAACCCAUCGUUGAGAUCUUUCAGACUAUUAAGCUUUUCUGAAUUCGCCAAUUGUGCAAUGCGCCACGUUUGACUUCAUAACGAAAGCAAGGAAUACCGAGGUGAUGUACACCAGUAAAAGAAAUUUGAAGGCCUUUUCCGCAUGAUUUUAAGAUCACAUUAAUGGCAUUGAUUUUUUUUCGGAAGCCCUCCUUUUGACUUCUUCCUUCUAAAAAUUUAAUUGUAAUGUUCCCGAGCUGAACACUUUUUAAUUCGCAUUAAAACGUCUUGGGUGGAAUCUAGCGGGUCUAAACUACUCUGGAACCACUUCCAUCUCAUUAGAAACAUGCAGGAAGGAAUAUUGCUUCAAGUAUUUAAUUAAAAAUUCUCAAAAAUUUCUUGUCUCUGACACUCUGACCUGUAUCAACUGCUCCGAAUUCCGAGAUCAUUGUAGUACCAUAAACAUAUCCAAGGACUCCAUGUAUUUAAUCAGACAGCUUUCAGCUAACUACUAUGAAAUGACAAUUUUAAGUGCACCACUGAGAGAUAAAUUGACUUCGAGUCGGUGUUGACAGAUGGAUAAAUAAAGUUCACCUGCAAUGGAAUCGUCACGUGAGGAAAGGACAUUACUAUACUUACCGUAUUAAACACCUCCUCAAGCAUGAAAUUAGACAUGGUAAAAUUCCACAGAGCAUUUCAGAGUUUGGCAACCCCAAGUGAAAAUGUCACUGAAAUCUUGAUAUUUUAGGCUUAACACUUCCACUCCUAGAAUGAGUGAUAUCCUUUAAGUCUGUGAACGUAAUCCUAUGACGUGACCCAAUAAAACCUCUUCUUCUCAUCCGUGCUUUCCUGUGGUGCUAUUAGGUUCUCAGCAUUUAAAAAAAAAAAAAAAUUUUGAAAUAUUGUUGACUUAGGCCAUUUCUGUGACUGAAAAGCCGGUUCACUUCUCCACUAUUUAGGUCCCUAUUUGGAGACCUUCCCUGGUUCACCCUUGUGUGAGGCACUCUUAAGGAUGGCCGUGUUGCUUUGGCCUCACACUUUCCUUAUUUCUAAAGCGCCUGAGUUCGCACCCUGUUUUAGAGAGUCCAUUUUUAAAAAAACCUUCUUUCGGUCUUUUUAUAAAAUUCUCUGGCGGGCGAAGAACGUCCACUAGUUUGGUGAACAAAGCAGAUAGAGGUCAUUAGGUACUCCGGGUUAGUACUGAAAAUUGCCGACCAUGAAGUGCUGAGCGAGACACCUAACGGUGGAGUUGACGUUUAUUGAAGUUUUCCUGUGAUUUUUCUGGUUGAUCUUCAUCGCUGUUGACCUCAAUGGACCCGGAAUUCUACGCGACGUAACUAACAUUGACCAGAAUGUAUGAAUUCCGAUUUCUAUGUAUUGGAUUCGAUAUUACUUACAGACAGCCGUUCACGUGCCAUCACGUGAUAGUUUGAUUAUUUUCCUCCCAUUUUCACCGCGGAUAAGUGAACGUGCAAUUAUGCAGCUACAAAAACCCUUCUUCAGUAUAAACUAACCAUCCCUACCUCAUUUAAAAACUUCUACUAGUCUCGUCGCGGCGUUUCAUCUUACCUAUGGCAAUAUCAACAAGAAUGCCGUAAAUUUAAAGGCACAAAAAAAAUUCAUUUCCCGAAAAAUUCAGCGAGAUCGAAAUUCAGAGAUUCAGCGAAAUUACAACGGCCUGUUUUUGCCAAAGGCAAACAGUUUUUAUCUUGCUGGGCCCCUAACAAGCCAAGCAUUGACUUGCCCUUAAUGAGUUUGUUUUCACCAACGUAUUACAAUUUUCAGCUGAUUGCAACAACGCCCAGUUUUUUUCUGGAAAGAAGCCCUCUAGAUUAGGGUUUUAUUAGUUGACCCUAAAAUCAUUAUUAAUGUUCUUGUUGACGACAUGGUAUCUAAUCGUUCUUUUCAACUGCGUAUCCGUUGCACCAGAAAAGAUGAUAAACCGAUAUUUAACACGAAACGACGUGAGCGGAAUGUUCACAACGACCGCGAUUAUCAUAUCUUCACCAGUUUCCCUUUCCAAAAAAAAAGUGUUUUUUAAAAAACCCUAAAAAAACGCUAAAACCCCGCUGUUAACAGUUUUGAGUUUAUCAUCGCUUUAAUUGCGUUAGGAUAUAGAGUAGCUUUUGAUUUGCUUUCGUAAUGAAAGCAGUGCCAUUUCUUCCUAGGAAAAACGUUGUGUUGCUCAGUCAUGCGACCAUGUCCGUCUAGAUACUCGUAACUGGCCAUAUGAAAUCCUAAUCAGUGAGAGUGAUCAAUCUGGAAAUGCAAUCACAAUAAAAAAUUGAGAGAUUAUAACAAAGUAAUUGAAUAUAAAAGGGUCUUUCAACUUUUUUGUCUUGUCUGGGCAGUCGGCCAAUGAGUUGAUUCAAAAGCCCAAUUUCCUCAAAAACGACUCAGGUGAUUAAUCAUAGUAAUGUUUUUCGAAUUACCCACUGAAGUGUUCUAAUCACUUUUAAACGACACAUGACAAUAUGCAUGCAUUCUUCUUCCUAUCAAAGAAGAACUAUUGCAAGUGAAAUGAGACUAUGCAUGUUGUGAUUGUUCUAGCAUAUUCCCAAAACAUAUAUUAAAAAAAAAAAAUAGAUAUAAGGCUUCAGAUUCUCUGACGUUUCGGUAAUUGGAAAUAGGUGUUCGUGGAAGCACUGCCGGUCUCAUAACGAAAUGCAUAAAAAAUACACUUUAUUAGAGUUGUUGUGCGCCUCAAUGAGCUAAUCUUUCACUGAUUUAACACUGAUUGAGUCUGAAAAAGUUAGUUAAAAACCGAGUGAAAACUAGGCAAUAACGAAGUUUUAUGGGUCAGUGGUGAUAAGUUACGUCUACUUUACGGCCUGUUGUAUAAGUUUGAAAAUCAAACGGUAUUAUUCAAGCAGCUCAAGCACCGAAGCAACUUAACUGAACUAUUCAAAACAUUGAAUAGUUCUUCUGAGCUGGUUUGUUACAAGCGUGCUAAGAAAAAUUGGUAACCUAUAAAUCCGACAAAUGUUGGUAUUUCACCUCAGCCUCCGUGCGACCUUCCGUCCACUCGCUCCAUUUAUUUUUAGUCACAUUUUCCCAGACAUAAAAGAAGAAUAGGGUUAGGGUAAGGAUUUGCUUUCUUUUAUAAAGUGAUAUACGCCAUCUAUAUCAGUGUUGGUUGAAAGCUGUCAAAAUGGGUAUCUUGUGGGCGGGCCCAGGUACAAUACCCAUUGACAGCAUACAUUUUCUUUUCAAACAUAUUUCUCUGCUAAGGGAGUAUUUUCUUUAGGAUAGUGGCCACAAGCCUAUUGUUCUUUUUCAGUGGUGAUGAUUUGUUUGUUCCAAGUUAACGUUUAUAAAGGGUCAUGUAGCAGCUGCUAGGAAGAGAAGUCUCCAAUGGUGCGUUUCCCUGACCCAAUUGGAAGAAUGACACGUCAUUUUUUUCCUGCAACCAAUUAGGAGAGACCUUCCGAGCGGCUCAGUCUUCCACUACUCUUUGUAACAUUGAUAUUUAACAGGAGCUCCACUUUUGGGUUGGAAAAAUCUAUAUGCUACCCACAGUUAGAAUCAACAACAAUGACAAUAACAAAGACAAUGGCAUUGACGGUGGCAAAGGCAGUAUCUGGAACAGUGACAAUAACAAUGACAUUGACACUGGUAGUGACAAUGACAAGCACAGUGCUAUUGGAAAGGUCGAUGCCAAUGACAAUACCCACGCUAUGCCAGCGCUGUUGACUCUGUUUUAGAUAGCCUGCGAGUAAUUCUAUCAUUUCUUCAUGUAAUAACAAAUUCACUAACAUUUGGGUUAAUUCUGUUUUAGGCCAACCGGAAAAUAGAGCCAGUUUUUGAACAUCCUAUGGUAAGUGCUUCUGAAACAGUAUUGAUGGUAAAGGUUUUUAGAUCCUGGCUUCAUUUAAUUCUCACGUCAGUUAAUGCCUUUGGAAAUUAAAGGGGCACUGGUAUUCGAUAACUAUGUGCAAACCAACAUGUGAGGCACGGCCAACGCUUUCACUUUCCCCUCUCCCUAAAGGAGGCUCCCAUUCAAACGCCUGUCACACUGAAACGCGUGCAAGCAAUUCGGUUGUGCGCAUGAGUUAAGUGCCGCCAUAGCGGGAGGCAUUGUAUGGUGUUACCAUUGUGAUUCAGAUGGCUCAACUAACGAACACUUUUCACUUAAUUGUGACUGGUUGAUAAUGGGUUAGUAAAGGAGAAUCAGCAAAACGCUGACUCAGUUUGGAGUCCAUUUUUCUUUUGUUUCGUUUUCUCAUUUAUUGAGGAAACAAAGAAAGAAAGAGAAGAAGAAGGAAAAAACAAUAGUCAAAGAGCAGAAGACUCCAAUUUACUACGGUCGUAUUUAUAUGGAGGUCGGGGACGCCGGAUUGGUGAAGUUAUCCUCUUAGGUGGGGUAACCCACCUGUCCAUAUAAUUUCUCAGAUUAAUUUGAUCUUUUUUACAUAAUAGUUAUAGUGAGCCGCCGAGGCAGGGAAGACCGGGCAAUCCUCUCAACCAAGGUGGGGUAACCCACCUAGCCCUCUUCAGGGCUCCCCCACAUCCAUGUAAACAGGCCUCAAAUACAAAUCUUAAAAACUGAUUCAUCAAUUUCCUCUCUAGAAUUCAGCCCACGGAGGGAAGUCGCGUAGCGAAUAUUCCUGGGAUGAUGCUGUCAGCAGUCUUUGUCGCGGAGCUAACGUUUAUCGCUUUUUGACCGAGGAUCCACUCCACGAGGAAAACACAAGUACCAACGGCAGUAAGUAUAAUGACGUCCGACAAUGUCUUUGUGAAAUGUGUGCUAAUAGUAACACCUGGGCCCAGUUGUUCGAAGGCCGAUUAGCGCUUAACCCAGGGUUAAAUUUAACCCGGCUUUCUUUUUCUUUGUUCAAAAGCAUUUUCUCGGAUAAUUUUCUCUGUUAUUCUUAAGAGUAUUCAAUCAUUAACCUGUUGCCAGAGAGAAUAAAAAUGAAUUUACUUUUUGAGCUUUCAAAUCUGAUUUCAAAUUUCGCACUAACCCUGGGUUAUCUUAACCCAGCUUUGAACAACCCGGCCCUGUUCUAUCAGCCAGGCCUAUUAUUACAAAUACAGCAAUUGACACUGUUUUAAAUUUAAUAUUAAAAAGUUAAAUUAUAUAAAUUCAGAACGCUCUUGGCUAGUUUUGUCAUAUUGGCAUAUGAAAUUUUCCCAGCUAACUUCAGUAUUCUUUUGAAAACUUGACACAAACUAUAAUUAUAUAACAAACGUUUGACGUAGUUCUCCCUUACUCUCACUCAGCUUCAAAAAACUCCACCAACAUCACCACAGUAGCCCCACCUACCCAAGCUACCAACGCAAGUUCACCCAGACCACAGCAUGCCCUCCCUAGAAGAAACAGACAGCGCCGCGGGGGACCAUUCAACAAAUUUUUAAGGCAGAUGAAGAGGAGACAAAAUGCCAACAACAAUUCAUCUUGCAGUGGUCUCGAGGCAUGCACGCGUAUUUGUGUGGGGCAGAACGAGAGGCCCACGCAUGUAUCCGAUUGCAGUACUUUCAAGAUCCACUGUACACUCUACAACAGGGCCAAAAAAGGCAGAAAACAUAAGGGAAAGAAUAAAAAGAGAAAUGGAAAGUCGGGGAAAUGAGCUGUCGUUCUUUGAUAUGCUUUAUAUGGUAUCAGCUCAAGGACAAAGGAGCGAGAAUAGAUUUUUCUUGUUUUGUCUGAGGAAAUGAAGUCUAUAGUUGUAAUUACAGUGUAAUUAUCACGGAGAUGCACGUUAAGAAUCGUUGUGUAGAUUAAGUUAUUUAUAAAAUGCUUUAAAUUUAAGUAAUGUUAAUAAUUUAUGUCUCAGUACAGUGAAAACCUUUAGAAGUUAUUUCACUAUACUCUGGCGUUUAGAUCAGAACACGAAUGUUACAAAUGGCUCAUGGAAAAGUUUGUUUAGUGACUAACAUUGGCCAUAUUUUAUACUAGGCUCUUGAUGGUCUGUACGAACCAUUGCGCGCUGUCAAGCGCUGUAGAAUAGACUUUACGAAAAAAUAGAAGGGAGUCAGAUGAUGAAAUUUGAACUCUUGCUUUUACUUGACAAUAGAGACCUGGACGACUACGAGUACGAGAUUUGACUUAUCGUUUUUUCGCGUAUUUUCAAAAUAUAGACUUCCCGGAAAGCUUUAGUUUACCAUAUUUCACUAGAAAAGUUAGCAUUGUUAUCUAAUGUGAAGGAGGUUACGCGUUUUCCCGAUCGGAAAAUGAUAAAACUUCUAACGUUUGUUAUCUUGUUUUCGCCAGCACGACAUUCGCGCUAAAACUCGUAGUAGAAUGACCAGGGCUACCACAUUUUCCCGCCAAAAUGACGCUGGUUCACGAGCUAGCACUACUGAGCACUGAGAAAAUCUCGUACCCGUAGUCGUACUCGUCUGAGAAUCUAAAGGUCUCUAAUGUCAACGAACUUUGGGCAUCUUGUGCGAUCAGCUGAAUAACUCAACAGUUCGAAUUGCAUGGGGUUAAGUGAACAAGGUAAAAAUUUUCAGUUUGAGAAAUUAUGCUAAACUCGAGUGCAGUUGGUCUGAUGUAUGUUGAGGAGUGAUGUUUUUAAAGCUCCUAAAAUUAAACUUUCAUGACUGAGUGAUAUUUGAGACAUUUAAAAACAUCAUUUGAACCUACUUACUCACGGAUAAUUUUACGCGAAAAGGUCGCGACACUUUUAUAUUACAUUUAACAAGUCAACAGAAUGUGUAUAUCUUAACAAUUAAGUGAACGAGUAAAACUGAACUUUUUAAAUAUUCGUAGGGCCGUUCAGCCCGGGCGUGUACACAACAAAGUUUUAUACGGGGAGACUAAGCUCCGAGGUCCAGCCUCUUACCCUUUAAUGUAUCAUGCAUGUUUUCUGGCAUACCAUCUAUCGAUAAAUAGUACCCCUUUCACAUAUCCAGUUUAGAACUUUAAAUCCCUUUUAGCUGCUGUAAAUACACUAUUGUCUUUUAAAUAAGAAUAACUGAAACCACAAAACCAGAACGUUUUCCAGACUUUUUUAUAGCCAUAAAAUGCAUCUGUUAGCCCUAUCGGUUAUUUUUACAGACCCAAAUGACAGAUUUCCCUACUUUCUUACAUACUUCAAGUGGUGAAAUCCCUACCCAGUUUCGUAUACCUGAAGCAUGAAAAAGGUACCAUUUUCAGGCACCCCACAGGCAGUUCAGCUGCUUUUGGAAAUCUGUGUAAGACCUUGAACUGCAUCGGCCGCUGGACAAAUUGCAUAGAAACCUUCAAUUCGAUACCUUUUACGAUUGAAAAGCCUUCGGUUUCACGCGGAUAUCCUUUACUAUCUUCAGAUCUUUUGAAAUUUGGAAUAUAAAUGACGUAAUUAUCAAAGGAGUCAGUUGUGAAAAUUUGGAAUUAAUUGCACACCUUUUUUCUAAUCAGAAACGAAUGGUUCUCUACAGUACGUCUUAUAUAUAGGUAAUCAGAUGGUUUUAAAUGCAAUAAGGUGGAAUAAUUAAGCUGAGGCCAUUGUAAAUAAAGGGAG